CAGGUAGGGCACAGUUUGGUGCAAGAGCAAGAACAUCAGCAGCUUCAACAGCAGCAGCAGCAGCAGCCCACUGACCAUCAACAUGACUUCCACUGGAAUGAACACGAUGAGCAGAAUCAUCUUCUACGAGGACAGGAACUUCCAGGGUCGCUCCUACGAGUGCAUGAGCGACUGCCCCAACAUGUCCUCCUACCUGAGCAGGUGCCACUCCUGCAGGGUGGAGAGGGGCUGCUUCAUGGUCUACGACCGCACCAACUACAUGGGCAACCAGUACUUCCUGAGGAGGGGCGAGUACGCCGACUACAUGAGCAUGAUGGGCAUGAGCGACACCAUCAGGUCCUGCCGCAUGAUCCCCAUGCACAGGGGAUCCUACAGGAUGAGGAUCUACGAGAGGGAGAACUUCGGAGGCCAGAUGUACGAGCUGAUGGACGACUGUGACAACAUCAUGGACCGUUACCGCAUGUCCAACUGCAUGUCCUGCAACGUGAUGGAYGGCCACUGGCUGAUGUACGAGCAGCCCCACUACAGGGGCA